AUGACAGGUCGCGGUAAAGGCGGGAAAGGUCUGGGAAAAGGAGGCGCGAAGCGUCACCGGAAAGUGCUCAGAGAUAACAUCCAGGGCAUCACGAAGCCUGCGAUAAGAAGAUUGGCCAGACGAGGUGGAGUUAAAAGAAUAUCCGGUCUCAUUUACGAAGAGACCCGUGGCGUUUUGAAGAUAUUUCUAGAAAAUGUAAUACGCGACGCAGUUACGUACACAGAACACGCGAAGAGAAAAACCGUGACAGCGAUGGACGUCGUCUACGCUCUGAAACGUCAAGGGCGAACUCUUUACGGUUUUGGCGGGUGA